AUGGUUAGGGCUAGAGGCUUAGGUCGUGCCUUAGGUAGGGUUAUUGGCAGAGGUCUGGGGAGAGAGAAUCGUGAUGAUUCAGAUGAUGCUUCCCAGCGGCGAAGGCCUACACCAUCAGCCCGUAGGCAACGAAAAUCUGUCCUUGUUGCCGCGGAUGAGCCUGUGGUACCUGCGGAAGAGCCUGUCGUAGGUACAAAUGAGCCUGUGGUAGAUGCGAACGUACAUGCAAAGGCUGCUGUAGAUGAGCCUAAGGGAUUUCCAGGUGGACCAAGUGACCCAUCGGUGCUUAUUGAGUAUACUGAGCAUGUUACAACCAGCGUAUGGAGCGGGGAGUUGUCCUCCCAUGGGAGGAAGGGGCAGAAAUUAGGUAGGUUUGUUCCUGCAAUUGAGGGGUUAGUUGCUGGCACAGGACUAAGUCCUUUGAUCGCAUGUUCAAUAGACACUGGCGAUCAGGGACUUAUAUCCUCGUUUGUGGAGAGGUGGCACAGAGAGAAUAGUAGUUUCCAUCUUCCUAUGGGGGAGGUUACCAUCACCCUAGACGACAUGGCGUCUCUUCUUCAUCUUCCCAUUGUCGGCGCCUUCCAUAUCUUCCAGCCUCUGCAAGUCGACGAGACGGUGUUGAUGUUGGUUGACUUACUACUGGUCUCAGGAGAGGCAGCCAGGGCUGAGACAACACAUUGUCAUGAACCAUACUGUUGGAUACAUGAGCACUUUUUGUUAGUUGCGGAGUGCAUCGCUGAUCCGGACUAUGACGAGGUGUCACCAUGUGCAUGUCGGUGGAUUGCUACGAAGAAGACCGUGAAGAUCAUAUCCACAGAGACGUACAGGUAG